UAAACGACAGCAAAGCAAAUUGAUUAGCACAAUCUAAAAACUCUCCCCAAUUUAAUCAGACAACCGGCUUCUCUUCUUCUCUAUUUCAUAGGAAAUAGAUUUUUUGUGACAAAAGAUUGUGUGGAAAACACUCCGAACUUCAAUCUCUUCCUCACAUUCCUACUGCUAAUAAAACAAGCCUCUCCUCAAAACCCUUUAUUCUAGCCCCUCCCCUACCAAUGGCUCCUCUAUUAACUAUUCAUCUUUUUAAAUUGUAAUAAACCUUUUUUAAAAAAACCAAAAAAUAAAAAUAAAAGACUUUACCUGAGAAUUAGGUUCAGGAUGGCCUCAAGGAGCCUCUCCUACACACAACUCCUAGGCCUCCUGUCCUUUAUCCUCCUCUUGUUCACAACCUCCUCAACCGCGGUUCGUGUUGGAGUCAUUCUCCAUAAGCCCUCUGCUCCAACCCUUCCUGUAUUCAGAGAAGCCCCAGCUUUUAGAAACGGUGAUCAAUGUGAGGCUGAUAAGAUUCAUAUCGCCAUGACUCUAGACACAAACUACCUCCGUGGAACAAUGGCUGCUGUCUUGUCUCUCCUACAACAUUCAACUUGUCCUGAAAACCUCUCUUUUCAUUUCCUCUCCCUUCCUCAUUUCGAAAACGACCUCUUCUCCAGCAUCAAAUCAACUUUUCCUUACCUAAACUUCAAGAUUUAUACGUUCGACCCAAACCUAGUCCGCAGCAAAAUCUCCAAAUCUAUCAGACAAGCCCUGGAUCAACCCUUAAACUACGCGAGAAUCUACCUCGCGGAUAUCAUUCCUACCAGCGUCGACAGGAUCAUAUACCUAGACUCGGACCUUGUCGUGGUCGACGACAUAGAGAAGCUAUGGCAUGUUGAGAUGGAAGGUAAAGUCGUGGCAGCUCCAGAGUACUGCCACGCGAACUUCACCUACUAUUUCACAAAAGCUUUCUGGUCGGACCCGGAACUAGUCAAAGUCCUUGAAGGAAAACGCCCGUGUUAUUUCAACACGGGCGUUAUGGUCGUGGACGUUGGUAAAUGGAGGAGAGGGAUGUACACACAGAAGGUAGAAGAGUGGAUGACGGUACAGAAGCAGAAGAGGAUAUACCAUUUGGGAUCAUUGCCUCCGUUCUUGCUGAUAUUCGCCGGAGAUAUAAAAGCUGUUGAUCACCGGUGGAACCAGCAUGGUCUAGGAGGUGAUAAUUUUGAAGGGAAAUGUAGAACGUUGCAUCCAGGUCCGAUAAGUCUUCUUCAUUGGAGUGGGAAAGGGAAGCCGUGGCUGAGAUUAGAUUCAAGAAAGCCUUGUAUUGUUGAUCAUCUUUGGGCUCCGUAUGACUUGUAUCGUUCGUCAAGACAUUCAUUAGAAGAGUAGAGGCAAAAGAGAACAUAAGAAGAUGGAACAUAUAUAUACUAGGAGAUGGAGACGAUCCAUGCAUGGAGCGAUCGAAGAGUUACAAAAAAAAAACAAGUGUAGCAAAAAAAAGAGAAACCAAGAGAGAAAGAUUUUGUAACACUUUACGUUGUGCGUUGAGCUUUGGUAGUGGGAUGGUAUAUCAUGCAUAUGGACAUUUUUUUUUUCUCCUUCGUUUCAUGUUUGUUUUGAUCUACCUCUCUUUGCUUCGACGUGUAAUAUGUAUAUAGGGUAGUAUUACUGCGAAACGGGAGGAUUUAAUUCAUUCUUUAUUGAUUCAAAUGUCUAGUAUGUGAUUAUGUUAGAAACCGUAAAGGGUCAUUGGCCCUGUUUGUUUCUUCAUUUAGAUGAAUCCAUUCAGCUGAUCCAUUUAUGUGCUCCAUCUAAAUGAUCCAUUCAAAUUUUUGGUCAUGUUUGUUUCUCCAUUUGGAUGAGUCAUUUGAAUGAACCAUUUGAAUGAAUUUUAUGUUUGUUUCUCCAUUUAGAUGAAUCAUUCAAAUGAGUUUAAUAA